CUUGACAACCUCUUUUGGCUGACAAUUUUUUCCACCACCACAAUGGGUGCACGACAAGCGUUAGGCAAGCGGAAGGAGCCGCAGGCGGAUGUACCUGCCCCUGUUGACGACGAGUUUGGCGCAACGUUGGAAGGUGUCUUGUCCGGGAGCGAAGAUGAUUCCGACUACGAAGAAACUUCUGAGUCUGAAGGCGAAGACAACGGCCUGAACGGCGAGGAGUCAGAGGACGAGGAAGACGAAGAGGACAUUCUGAGCGACGAAAUUCCAUCCGAUGCCGACGACGAAGACAUUGCCUCGAAACUCAAGUCAACAAACUUGGGCAAGGACGCUGGCGCUGUCGACAAUGACGACGACAAGCCCAACUACCGGGUCGUUACUGGCGCCAACGGCGAAGAGCGCUACGAGUACGACGAGAUCAAUGCCGAGUACGACUCCGACGACAGUGACGCCCAGGAGCCCGUCAACACAAUCGGCAACAUCCCUCUCUCUUUCUACGACUCUUACCCUCACAUCGGAUACGACAUCAAUGGCAAGAAGAUUAUGCGCCCGGCCGCUGGCGAGGCAUUGGAUGCCCUGCUCGAGACCAUUGAGCUCCCCAAGGGCUGGACUGGCUUGACGGACCCCCAGACCGGCAAGCCCCUCAACCUGAGCCAGGAUGAGCUGGAGCUUUUGCGCCGCGUACAGAUGAACGAGGUUCCCGAAGAAGGCUACGAUCCCUACCCCGAAAUGGUCCACUGGUUCACAGCACACGAGGAGAAGAUGCCUCUUAGCGCGGCGCCCGAACCGAAACGCCGUUUCGUUCCCUCCAAGCACGAGGCGAAGCGCAUUGCCAAGCUCGUCAAGGCCAUCAAGGACGGACACAUCUUGCCGUACAAGUCGGCGGAAGAGAAGGAGAAGGAGGAAGCUGAGAAGGAAGAAGUCUACUACGACGUCUGGGCGAAUGAGGAGGAGCGCCCGCCGCACGUCAUGGACAUCCCGGCACCCAAGCUCCCGCCUCCGGGCUACGACCUCAGUUACAACCCUCCCCCCGAGUACCUCCCGACAGAAGCUGAGAGGGAAGAGUGGGAGAAGGCGGAUCCCGAGGACAGAGAGAAGGAGUACAUGCCCGCCAAGUUUGAUUCGUUGCGCAAGGUCCCCGCCUACGGCGAGUUCGUCAAGGAGCGCUUUGAGCGCUGUCUGGAUCUUUACCUCGCUCCUCGCGUGCGCAAGAACAGGCUCAACAUCGAUCCCGCGUCGCUUCUUCCCAAGCUGCCCCGUCCCGAGGAGCUCAGGCCUUUCCCCACAUCCUGCCAGACUGUCUUCCGCGGCCACGAAGGUCGCGUGCGGUCUUCGGCCAUCAGCCCCGACGGCGAGUGGCUUGCAAGCGGCGGUGACGAUGGUACUGUGCGCUUGUGGCAUCUCCGCACCGGUCGUCAGGAGUGGAUGGCCAAGCUCAGUCUCGAUGAGGCUGUGAACGCUGUCCGCUGGCGUCCCAACAAGGAGACCUUCAUACUGGCCGCUGCUGCUGGUGAAGAUCUCUUCUUUGCGGUUCCUCCCCGUGGUGCGGACGGCAUCGACAAGGCCAGCCGUGACAUUAUCGACGCUGGUUUCGGUUACGCCACACAGAACCCUCAGCCCGCAGCUGCCGUCACCAAGGAACACCCGGGCAAGUGGGCCAGACCUGGCUCCAAGCUGGAGGCUGCCGGCGUCCUGCUCAAGGCCACCGUCAGGUCCCGCAGCGCAGUUGCUAUUCACACCCUCUCGAAGCAUCUGACUCAGAUUCCCUUCCGCAAGCUGCCCGGUCUCGCCCAGACGGCGCAGUUCCACCCCUCGCGGCCGCUCUUCUUCGUCGCGACCCAGCGCAUGAUCCGCUGCUACGACCUUCAAAGACAGGAGCUCGUCAAGGUCAUCCAACCCGGCGCCCGCUGGAUCUCGUCCUUUGAUACGAUGCGCUUCCACUCGGAGGCCAUCCGCGCCGUCAAGUACCACCGCAGCUUCCCCCUGUUCGCCGACGCCAGUGACGACGGCACGCUGCAAAUCUUCCACGGCAAGGUCGUGACCGAUCUCAUGGAGAACCCGACCAUUGUGCCGGUGAAGAUGCUCAAGGGCCACAAGAUUGUCAACAAGCUGGGUGUCCUGGACGUGGACUGGCAUCCUACGGAGCCUUGGUGUGUGAGUGCCGGCGCUGACGGCACCUGUAUCCUCUGGACCUGA